GGAGAAACGGUGCGAGGGCGAACCAGGAGGCAGGAUUUGUUUUCGUGGGAUGGUAGGGGAAGGCCCCGCUCUCCUUUGCCUCUGAUUGGCUGGAACCCUAACCCAACGGACGAUGUCAUUUAACAGCCAUAAGGAAUAACCAAUCAGAGCCCAGCACUUCUACCCAAACAGAGGCCAUCCUACGAAAAAAUAUCCCAUCCAGGAGUUCUACAGUUAGUUCUACAGAACCUGAACCAUGUUCCUCCACUGACAGCAGCUUCAGUUCCUGUCGGACCUCAGCUUUCCCAACCAGCAAUAAAUGCACCUUUCCGUCCACACCUGUCUGCGCUUCUUCUGAGGACGUUCAGGUGAGUUUUUAUACAGGGACGUAAACUAACCUGGAGCAGCUAACAUGACAGCUAGCAUGCUAACUACACUAGCUAAAGCAGCUGUCAACGUUAGCAAGGUGAACGUUAGCUUAGCAUUAAACAGCCUGUUAGUUAUCUUGUUUAAGGUUUUUAUCGUGUACAAUAAGAAACAGACGAUUAUUACUGUAUUUCUGUGGAUAUGAACUAAAGCUGCUAAUGCUGGCGGCUAACGUUAGCUUAGCAGUAGUUAGGCUGUAUAGCAAUGACAGGUAAGUGUUUUUAAUACAAACUGGUGAACAGAAUAACAAAAUAAGAUCAGGAUCAGAAAAUGCAUCUCAGCCUUUUUAAUACGUUAGUUGGACACAUUUUCACCUGAUUCUGGCUGCACAACUUGUAUUGUUAUCCUCUGUUUGUGGGUCAGUGACAAAUAAGGGUGUGCAUCAUGAGUAAUUCACAAAUGUUUUGAUAAAUUGUUUUAAAAGUUUGCAUUAGGGUUUGAAAAGAUGUAUAUUUUGUAUUUCUGUUGGUUUCAUAUAAUUUCUAAUAGCAUUUAAACCUUUUUUUACAAAGCGAAUGAUGUAUUUCCCUUGAAAAUGUCAAGUGGUGUGACAACAACAAAAGGGGAAACAUUUAAUACUUAUUUCCACCUAAAGUGUAUGCAAGUGUACUUCUAAAAAAGGUACUUAAUUUUAAUAUAGCAGUUGAAAAUUGUUUUUUUUUUUUACUUUAAAUUGGAUGCAUUUUUGCAAUAUAGAUCAGGAGAAAUGCUGAAAACUGCUGGCGUAUUCUAAAUAACAUUUGACGAAUCAUGUAGAAACUGUUGAGAUAUAUGUUAGUGCAUUGCAGUAGAGGAGUACAUUACAUUCUCCAUGCAUUUUCUCAAAUAUUAUAUUUUUUUAAAUGAAAAACACUGGUUACAGUCCAAACUGUUCCACGAAGGCCGUGUGGCUGCAGGUUUUUCUUCCAACCAAUCAAGAACAGCAGUCUGACCAAUCAGCUGUCUGCAGACUGAGAUCAGCCGGUGAAAUGAAUCAAGUCUGGUGUGCUGCUGCUUGAUUGGAAGAAAAACCUACAGCCACACAACCCUUUAUGGAACAGUUUGGACAUGCCUGGGUUACACCAAUUGACACAAACCAGUUACACCACCUGAACAUUAGGUGGGUGCAUAUAUGAAAAAAACAGCCUAACCCUAAAAAAAAAUCCAACAAAAGGUUUCAACUGUUUUUUACAGUAUUAGGUGUCCUUAAUAACAAAAGUUUACCAAAGUUUGACCACUAGAAAGGCGUCAUUUUCACGAUGGCGUCCAUGAUGGGUAGGAGACACUCUAGGAAAUGUACGUAAAUUAGUGCGUAUUUAAUUAGAUAUUACCUCAUGUACAUAUUCAAACACAACAUUUGACAAAACUUGUAAUACAAAAAAUAUUUGUCUUAAUCUAAGUGAUAAACUUGGGAAGUUUCAUGGUGAUAUCUGUUUGUUAAAAAUUCUACCCUAUUCACCUGGAGUGUCUCCUACUCAUUAUGAACGCCAUCGUGAAAAUGACGCCUUUCUAGGGGUCAAACUUUGGUAAACUUUUAAUUUGUUAUUAAGGACAAAUAGUACUAUAAAAAACAGCUGAGAAACCUUUUUUUCAUAAAUGCACCCGCCUAAACACCAGAUAAGUAAAUUUGAGAGUUGUAGUUACAGUUUUCUAAAAGAUAAAUCUAAUUCUUGUCGUCUUCAUCAGCUGUAAUUCUUUGUUUUUCUCUCUAGUAUGGCCGGCCGUGGUGGAGAAGUGGACUGCCCAGUUAAUGCCCUCACUCCACCCAAGUUCAUUGAGGAAGUCGGAGAUACUUGCGCUCCAGACCCUUCCAGUUCUCCCCCCACCCCUGAGUGCGCCAUCUGUCUGCAGAGCUGCAUCCACCCCGUCCGUCUCCCCUGCUGCCAUGUCUUCUGUUUCCUCUGCGUGAAAGGCGCCUCCUGGCACAGCAAACGCUGCGCUCUAUGCCGGCAAGAAAUCCCUGAGGACUUCUUGGAGCGACCCGUCCUCCUCUCACCUGAGGAACUGAAAGCAGCAGCUGCAGGGGGGAGCCAAGGUGUCGGGACAGGUGGUGGAUCUCGCGGAGACUUUGCGUGGUACUAUGAGGGGCGUAACGGCUGGUGGCAGUAUGAUGAGAGGACCAGCCGUGAACUGGAGGAGGCCUUCUCGAAGGGCAGGAAGAGCACCGAGAUGCUGAUCGCGGGGUUUCUGUACGUGGCUGACCUGGAGAACAUGGUGCAAUACAGGCGGAACGAACACGGGCGGAGACGCAAGAUUAAACGGGACGUCUUGGAUAUACCCAAGAAGGGAGUCGCUGGACUGAGAUUAGACCCUGAACCCGCCCCUAACUCUGCUUUACCAGGCGACACCUCAGUUGCAACAGAGCGUGUCAGUUCAGCAGACGGAUCAGACACAGCAGGACCGUCACAGCCCACAUCUUUGGGGAUCCUGGUGUCUCUCCCUCCUGUUCGACCUCCAACCCUCCUGGGGCGCCAUCCUACCAGCCCUCUUCCUCCCUCACCUCCAUCCCUGGAAGAGUCCUUCUCCCAGCUUCUUCUGAGCCAGCCAGGCGGGUCGGAGGUCGACGGAGACGACGACACGUAUGAGUACGCAUCCGGCAGCAGCGACAGCGAGGAGGAGAGGCAGAGUGAGAGGGCGGAGUCGACGCCUCAGAGACGACUGAGGCAAAGAUCUCUAAGGGACAGCCAGCCCACCAGGAUGCCUCCGAGAGGCGGAGACUCCAGCUCUGCGCUCAACCUCCGCUCUCGCAGUCCUGAUGGACAGUGCACGGUGACAGAAGUGUGACCACAGACUGGACACUGAUGUCUCCUCAACCAGUUUGGCAAAAAAGUUCAAGACGAGUACGCGUCUGUAAACGUCCCAUGAAGCAGAAGAAACAUGAUCAUGUGCCAAAUAUGAACUUAAAAGCUUUUCUCUGUGUUCAUAGUUUGAUCUCUCCGUCCAGUUUCUUGUAACCUCGGCUCUGUCGAAGGUCACAGAAAGCAGAAGUGAAUGAAACAACGAGAAAGUGGAAACAGUGAAGCCAUGACGGGGGACUCUCCAUGUCUGGGGACUUGUGCUUGUUUUUGAUGCAAUACACGCAAACACUGGUAGUUAUACAGUGACCUCAGAAACAGGUGAUACAGUAAUAAAGACGAAGACAGUCUGGUUUUCUUAUAUUGAAGAACAUCCUCUGUGAUCGUUUGUUUUCUGACCUCCAUCUGAACACGUCUGAUACCUUUUUUUUCUUCUCUUUCUUUAGACUGAAGGUGAAAAAAAUGAAGCCUAAAUAAAGCACCUUAUUCUCUUGUUCCUGAGGGUUAAUCCAGAUUAAAUCUCCUUAUUUUGAUGCUUCACUUUGAGUUUGAAUCCUGUUUCGAGUGGACUCUGUGUGUGAACAUGUUAAAGUCUGACCCUCUGCUCUACUGUGAUUGUCUCGUUGAAACGAUGGUGUGUGUGUUUGUGUUGUAAGGUGCUGAAAAGCUACUGGCAGAACCACUGGAAAGUUUAAGGCUAUAUAUGUAGAGAGGCACAUUUGGGUUUCUAUUUCUUGCUGCUGAAUUCUCGAUCGGGCUUCAAUCAGAGGCACCGGCUUCUUUGACACGGACUUGGACGAGCUCCAGAUUUCCUUACAUGAUCAUGGUUUUAAUCUUUUCCUCUGAAAUGGAUUUUAUUUUAACUUUCAACAUUUCACUGUUGGUGUCUCACUCUGACAUACCUGUGUGUGUUUGUGUGUUAAUGUGUGUGUUGUAAGUGUUGUGCUGUUUUGUCGAAUCAUUAAAAGUGUCUGUCUUUAAUGUGAAACCACAUCAUGACUGAUUUCUUUUUCAGGAGUUUAACAGAUAAACAGAAGUGGUGGUGAUCCACAGAGCUGUUUGUAAUGUCCAAUUUUAGGUUGGUGUACCCUAAAAGUCCACAGGGUGGAGCUAUUGCACAAAUAUUUUCUGUCCAUUAACAACCCAUUGUUAGGAACCUGGUCAUGGGGGUCAGACUGCUGUUCAAAAAACUACAGGUGAGACUGAAAACUCGACUCAAAGCGAGAGUAAAUGUGUGAGCGUGAGCUGAGUUAAGGGAAAGUGUGACGUAUUCCAGUUAAGGAAGGGGAAAAAAGUACUUUUCUAAAAACUGUUAAUUCAAGACUUAAAUAUAUAUAACAUGUAAAAAUAUAUGAUUCUUGAGAGAUUUUGAAAGUUGAAUUUAUCCUGAAAAAAGGAGCAAACGAUUUCACACAAAAGACACUUUUUGACAAAUUUACAGCUAAAAAAAGAGAAUAACAGGUGGACUGUUACUAUUACAGACUUAAACGGAUUAACUGGUUUGUAAUAUUUUCAUUUCCAUUUUUAUCAGCUUAAAAGAAAAGAACUAAAUCUGCUGCUUCUCCACAGACUCCAUGAAUACAAAAAUUGCUGCUUUAUUUGUAAAAUAAAGUUUAAAACCAAAGUUUAAUUUAAGAUG